AUGUCUUCAUGUGGAUUACUACUCUCUUCUCAAGAAAUGAAUGACGAUCUCUUACGCAAAAAUGUCAUUGACGAGCUACGCAAGGCGCAAGGAGAACCGCUAACCGGAGAAGAAUUGUUCGAACGAUGCGGUGGAACUAAAGCAACUAAUCUGAGCGUUGAUUCAUUCAGAUCUUUCAUUGGACAACACUGUUCCCGCGCUGUGAAAGCUGUUCAUGACAUGGGAGACGAGAACAGUCUUCCCAGAUAUGCACUUCAUGUUGAUCAUGCUCGUAAAACAGGUACGCUGAAAAGAAGAACUGCGAGAUCAAAAAGUCAAUCUAGCUCACGAGGUGGAACACCGGAAGGGAACAAUAUGCGGUUCAAUCCGAGAACUGAUGGCUUUUCCACCUUCUGCCACAUUGUGCGAAAACUCUCUGCUGCAUCGCAAGAUGGAUCUGUUAAUUGGAAUGCGAUCAGAAACCAAUACAGAAAAGAGACCGGUCGCCAUUUACUUACUGAGGAGCUGAAUUCUAUGUGCGGCACUAUCAAUUUGACGAAGCAUGAACUUCUGGUAACAUACCUUUCAAAUGUUGUGGAGAUUAUCGACACCCGAGGACAAAUCGUUCGCCCAGCUUCGCCUUUCAGUGAUAAGACUCCGAGUCCGAUUGCAUCUCAGUCACCGCCUCGAGAUCAGCUGCUUUCCCCAACGCCUGUUGUUCCUGAAGAUGUGGAGGCCGAAAUUGUUCAGGACAACAUUCGCCGUCAAUAUGUUGUGGAACAGUUGAAGAAGAAUGGAGUUUUCAUAGAUGAAAGCAGCAGAACUUCUGUUGAGGAGCGCUUGCUGCUUCCAAGUCAGAACUCAGAAUUUAUUGAAAAUGAUGUUGAGAAGGAACUUACUUCAACCAAAGUACCAUCAGAAGAAGAGCUCAGCUCUCCGAGGAGCGAUCAGCAGAGAAUGUCAUCUCGUGAAGUGUUGGAAACGCCAGAGUCAGAGCAUGCGUCAUUCAUGUCGGCUGAUCAGAUUCUUGAGACAAGUGGGGAAAUAGGAUAUACUACUGGAGAUGAUGCGAUGAUGACACCAGAUAGUGAGGUUUCGCUUGAUCUUACUGCUGAUCAUUCGGCUCUCGGUAGUACUCCACGUCAUACUCAUGAGAUCACUCUUUGCACUGCAGACGACUCCGUUAUACAAAACGGAGCAGACGAAGAUAUAUGCAUGAAGAAGGACGUUGAGGACGAAUUUGACCACUCAGCAGAAAAAUACGAAGUUAGCUACGUAAAUUCGUUGCAGAACGGUGAAGUAGAGGAAGUCGAGCCUGGAGUUCCGUUAGGGUCCAGAGAAAGUGAUAUAGUUCUUGAAGAAAUGGAACUCGACGAGCCUGAAGAAGUUGUUCUCGAGGAACUGCCAACGAAAGAUGUGCCAGAAAUGGCGGAACCGUCAGCAGAAAGGAAGGAAAGAGAUGUACCUUCUAUACUUGUCACUGGACCUCUUGAAGAAAUUUCCACAAAGAAGGAAGGAUCAUACAUAACAGACGAGCAUGAUUUAAAGCAAAGUAUCGACGACGAGGAAUAUCAUGGCAAUCCGUCAGGUUCAGACGUAGAGCGGGAUUAUCUUGUUGAAAGUCACAGAGAGGUUAAGGGCAAAAUUCCUUCCGUUUUGGAUCCAAAUAUUGAGGAAUCUGCUGAAGAAACCAACAGUGAGGUGUUUAUCCCCGAAACCACUCAUGUUAAAGAGAGAAAACUGCUGUUCGAAACAAAAGAUGAAGACGCAAAAGAACUAUCGUCUACUGAAGUUCUGCUAAACGUUGAAGUAGCAGUAAAAGAGCAAGUCGAGAAAUUUGAGCACCUGUUGAAAGAGGAUAUGGCUGAAUCUCCGGUCAAUCACUUCAGUGAAACUGAUCACCUAGAAUCAGUAGAUGUUAUGGAAAUAGUUCACGAACUCGAGCAAUCAACGGUCGAGCGUCAGGAAACGUCUGUGAGCCAAGAAAAUGAAGCGGUGCUGGCGGCUACCCAUGUUUUAGAGACCGUUCAUAAACUAGAGCACGAAUUUGAUAGAUCGCUACCCAUUUGUGAGGAGUACGUCAACAUUGCUGAACACGCUAAAGAGAUGGAAGCAGCUGGUGAUAUGUUGUCAAGUGAUAGUGCCAGUAGUGAGAGUACGCAGGUAGGACCAGCUGGUGAUUUCGGAUUUUACGAUAUGGAAGUUCUACAACAAGCACCUACAGUUGGAGACACCGUUACUGUUACUAUAGACAACACCGCAAUUGAUCGUAGCCGAACCUUUGCUCAGAUUGAUGCUAAAAUUCCUGAUACCACUAACACCGCUGUUACCCGCACAAUUGUUGUUGAUGUGAUCCCGCGCACAGAGGAGAAACCGAAGCUAUCGACCAGCGACUCCUGGGAGAAGGCAUUUGUGGUUGCAAGUGGGUCCUCCCCAGUGGAACUCUCUAGUUCUCGAAUUGCGACAAGCGUAGGGUCAGAUGUAACAGCAGCACGUGAUUUCUUGCGUGAAGUAGAUAAACUUGAAGAAAGAUCGGAGGAUGACCUUUCUGUAAAAGAAGAGGAUGAUGCAAAAAUUGAGGAAUUGCCGACCACAGAGCAGUUGCCUUCUCUACCGGAUGCUGCCGCUGAAGGUGACAACGAGGCGAAGAAGUUGCAACUUUCAAAGAAACGCGGACAUGCUCUUGCUCGCCGACGUCGAUUGAUGGACUGCUGCACAGUACUGUAG